GCGAAAUUGUGGCCAAGUCGCAGGGUGAAGAGCGCUGAAAACUUCAGCCAGGACAGCCAUGGUUGCUGCAAAGGUCCUCACUCGCGACCAAGUCGUAUCUGCACAGCUUCAGGGCGACUAUGUCAUCAAGUCGGAGAGCUCUGUGCCCCAGCUCGAUACUUCUCAAUGGCCCCUUCUCUUGAAGAACUAUGACAAGCUACUUGUGCGAUCUGCGCACUUUACACCGAUUCCGUCUGGAUGCAGUCCAUUGAAACGAGACAUCACGAGUUAUGUCAAGUCUGGUGUCAUAAACCUUGACAAACCUUCCAACCCUUCAUCGCACGAAGUGGUAGCUUGGUUGAGACGAAUUCUAAGAGUAGAGAAGACUGGGCAUAGCGGAACCCUUGACCCCAAGGUCACUGGCUGCUUAAUAGUCUGCAUUGAUCGCGCGACGAGGCUUGUCAAAUCGCAACAAGGUGCAGGAAAGGAGUAUGUUGCGGUGCUCCGCCUUCACUCCAGUCUUCCAAAUUCCACUGCGCUCCCUCGCGCCAUUCAGACUCUCACUGGUGCUCUCUUCCAACGGCCGCCAUUGAUCUCAGCUGUCAAGCGUCAGCUCCGUAUACGCACGAUCUACGAAUCCAAGCUCCUCGAGUUCGACGAGAAGCGCAACCUCGCCGUAUUCUGGGUCUCAUGUGAGGCCGGGACAUACAUUCGAACAUUGUGUGUACAUCUGGGAUUGCUGUUGGGAGUAGGUGGACAUAUGGAAGAGUUGCGGAGAGUCCGAAGCGGUGCCUUGAGCGAAAACGACAACAUGGUCACGAUGCAUGAUGUGCUUGAUGCUCAGUGGCUGUAUGAUAAUACACGAGAUGAAUCGUACCUGCGGCGCGUCAUUAGACCGCUGGAGUCAUUGUUGAUAGGCUACAAACGCAUCGUUGUCAAGGACAGCGCCAUCAACGCCGUAUGCUACGGUGCAAAAUUGAUGAUCCCUGGACUGUUGCGUUACGAGGCGGAUAUCUCGCUCAACGAGGAGGUUGUCCUUAUGACUACCAAAGGCGAAGCGAUUGCGUUGGCCAUCGCACAAAUGUCAACCGUUGAGCUUGCAACAUGCGAUCACGGCGUCGUCGCGAAGGUGAAGCGUUGCAUCAUGGAACGUGACACCUAUCCUCGCCGUUGGGGUCUUGGACCUAAGGCGAUGGAGAAGAAGAAGAUGGUUAAGGACGGCAAGCUCGGCAAGUACGGUGAGAAGAUUGAAGGCGUCACACCUGCGGAGUGGAGUAGAGACUACGUUGAUUACUCGCGGGAGCAACCUGCUGCGGGCCCAUCAACAAUCACUAUCGGCGCUCCAGAGCGUCCAGCUGCUCCUGUACCCGCUCCUGAGUCCAGCCCAUCGAAGGAGAAGGAGAGGAUAAAGGACAAGGAGAAGAAGCGCAAGCGCAAGUCAGAGGUUCCUGAUGCUGUUGGUGACGUAUCCACGGUAGUCGAAGACAAUGCAGACGAAGAUGACGUAGCACGGGCAGAGCGCAAGCGGCUCAAGAAAGAGAAGAAGGCGAAAGAGAAAGAGGUAGCGGAGAAGGGCGAGGAUGCAGAAGACGAGGAAGCGCGGAGAGAGAGAAAGCGUCUGAAGAAGGAAAAGAAGGCGCGUGAGUCUAUGGGUGGUGAACCGUGAUGCAC